AUCUCAGCUAAUUCACUUUGCAUUUUUGUAACCGGAUAACAUUUAUGUAGCUUUAUUAGAAGUACUUUUUCUCGAGACAAUGUUUCACAUAAUAAUUUGACGACAAUAAUUUAUGCGAAAUUGAGUUUCUGCGUAAUGACAUAAACAUCCUUCCCAAUUUGCAAUAUUUCACAUUUUUCCCAAUUCAAAUUAGGGUUGGAUCAAUCAAUCCAUAAAUUUUCAAAUUUUAGCAACGAUCUCAAAUUAAAGUGGGGAUCGAUGGCGAGUACAGCGUGCUUUAUAAUUGUGAGCAAACACGACAUUCCGAUUUACGAAGCUGAAGUUGGUACCCUCCCCAAAAAAGAGGAUGCUGCUCAUCAGCACCAAUUCAUAUUACAUGCCGCUUUAGACAUUGUUCAGGACAUUGCCUGGAAUACGAGUGCUAUGUUUCUAAAAUCAGUAGACAGAUUCAAUGACUUGGUGGCAUCCGUUUACGUCACUGCUGGUCAUGCUCGGCUGAUGCUGCUUCAUGAUUCUCGUAACGAUGAUGGAAUCAAGAGCUUCUUCCAAGAGGUUCAUGAGCUAUAUAUCAAGACUCUUCUUAAUCCGCUGUAUCUCCCUGGAAGCCGUAUCACCUCAUCGCAUUUUGAUACAAAAGUCCGGUCCCUCGCUAGGAAAUAUUUGUGAAGCCCCCCUUCAAUUCAGUGGUGUCUAUGUAAAUGUUGCUUUCAGGUACAAAUAUAUUUCUGGGAAGUUUUUGUUUCAAUACAUGUAAUGGAGCAUCUAUUUUGUAAAAUCCAAUGUUGUUCCUUUGGUUCUUCAUCACCA